GCUGCACAGCCAACUCCCAGUAGGGGCCGCUCCCCACUCCCCAGACUCUCUCUUAAAGCCCCUCGUUCAAGGUACCCGCCUUUCCGAAGGGCCCGUCCAGCUUGGGGGGCAGCGCUCCCUGGGGUCCCGCACUGGGCGCCGACUCUAGAUCAGCAGAGGGGAGGCGCGAGGGGCGGAGGAGGGUCGGCUUCCCACGUGGGGGCUGACGCCGGCUGCUCAGCAACGCCGGCUUGAUCCUGGGGCUAUAAAACGAGUCCACCGUAGCGCCGCGGAACAGCAGCGGCUCCGGCUCGGGUGCAGACGCCCAGCAGCCGGCGCCCCGCCUCCCCGCCACCCCAGCGCCUUCUUUCCCUAGUCCUGCGCUCUUGCUGCAACUCACGCUGUCCUCGGCCCCCAGCCGGUCCUGCUGAGCUUCGCGCCCACCGAGCCGACGCCUAGGAGACACCCUGCCUCAGCCGUGGCUCUUGGAGGGCGGAUCGCUCACCUGGCGCGGCACGCCUGAGGACGGGGGCGCCUUCAUGCGGCCUCCACACCCCUCACGCCGCUGCCGUCCCCGAGCUCCGCGUGCUGCGCCCCAGCCCCAGCAGGGCGCGCAACUUUGGAAGUCCCGCGGCGCUCGGAGAAGCGGCAGAGUCCGCGCCCUGGCCGGUGUUAGGGCCCAGCCCGCACCGCCGCGUCUGCGGGAAGCUCCAGAGUCGGUAAUCGCUUCGGGAAUAUAGACAGACAUAGGACCCUGAGCUCGCAUCUCAGCACCUCUUGGCUGCCUCCUGGGGUGGGGGCGGGCCCCGCACACGGUAAGACCUCUCGCUUUCGCUCAGGCUCAAGAAGCAAGAUAUAUAUAUAUAUAUAUAUAUAUAUAUUUAUAUAGUUGUAUGUAUAAUUUCCUGUCAUCCUUCCAAGUCAUCAGGCCACCGAUGAAUUUUAUUCUCCCUUCCUGAAGAAUAAAUCUCUCUCUAACCAUCAGCUCGCCCUGCUCUCUCCUGCUUAGAAAUAAAACUUGGCUGUGCCUAGGAGCUUGGAGAGAGAAGGCGCCCACCCCGAGCGGCUAAAGCACCGGCGGGCGCUGUUAACGGGACCUGGGCCCAUGGGCCACUAGCUGUCCCCCAGCUUGGGCCCGGCUUCCUUGGGGCCCCCUCCCUAUGUGAGACGCGGCGGGGUGAGUGGGUCGCCGGAGGAAGAGGAGGACCCACGGGCGCCGGCCGGAAGGCAGCUGGCACCAGGUCCAGGCGAGAGGGCGCCGCGUUCAUGUUCCGCCAGGAGCAGCCGCUGGCCGAGGGCAGCUUUGCGCCCAUGGGCUCCCUGCAGCCGGACGCCGGCAACACAAGCUGGAAUGGGACCGAGGCGCCAGGGGGCGGCGCCCAGGCCAUCCCUUACUCCCUGCAGGUGACGCUGACGUUGGUGUGCCUGGCUGGCCUGCUCAUGCUGCUCACGGUGUUCGGCAACGUGCUGGUCAUCAUCGCGGUGUUCACCAGCCGUGCUCUCAAGGCGCCCCAAAACCUCUUCCUGGUGUCUCUGGCCUCGGCGGACAUUCUGGUGGCCACGCUAGUCAUUCCUUUCUCGCUGGCCAACGAGGUCAUGGGCUACUGGUAUUUUGGCAAGGCAUGGUGCGAGAUCUACCUGGCGCUCGACGUGCUCUUCUGCACGUCGUCCAUUGUGCACCUGUGCGCCAUCAGCCUGGACCGCUACUGGUCCAUCACGCAGGCCAUCGAGUACAACCUGAAGCGCACGCCACGCCGCAUCAAGGCCAUCAUCGUUACUGUGUGGGUCAUCUCGGCUGUCAUAUCCUUCCCGCCGCUUAUCUCCAUCGAGAAGAAGGGCGGCGGUGACGGGCAGCAACCGGCCGAGCAGCGCUGCGAGAUCAAUGACCAGAAGUGGUACGUCAUCUCGUCGUGCAUAGGCUCCUUCUUCGCGCCCUGCCUCAUCAUGAUCCUGGUCUACAUACGGCGCGGGCGGCAGAACCGCGAGAAGCGCUUCACGUUCGUGCUGGCGGUGGUGAUCGGCGUGUUCGUGGUGUGCUGGUUCCCCUUCUUCUUCACCUACACGCUCACGGCCGUCGGCUGCUCGGUGCCACGCACGCUCUUCAAGUUCUUCUUCUGGUUCGGCUACUGCAACAGCUCGCUGAACCCGGUUAUCUACACCAUCUUCAACCACGACUUCCGCCGCGCGUUCAAGAAGAUCCUCUGCCGCGGGGGUAGGAAGCGGAUCGUGUGAGCACGCUGCCCACACCCGGCUCACAGACUGGCGCCAAUCGCAGGCCCUGGGCAUCCAGGGGAGCAUCUUCACAUCAGCCCUAGCACUUUGAAUCCCAGGCCCCGCCUGCUCCGUGUGCCCUGGCCUGGAGGGUGCUCUGGGCCUCCUGCGGACAUUUGUUCCACAAGGGAAAAGUUCAGCUGGUUGGGAAGGCCACAUACACCCUCAAUAUUUGUUAUGGCCUCUCCUUACCUGGAGAGAUUUUUUUUUUUUUCCUGGUGGGACGCUCCUAAUCAGUAUUGUUUCCUAAAGGUUUUUUUUACCCUCCCAAGUUCUCCCAGCUCUUCAGAGCAAGCACAGGACUCCAGGGGGCAAGGCUCCCAAAGGAUUAAUGAAUGGGGGUUUCCCAGCCCUGGUCUAUUGCUCCUCUCAACCCAUAAUUGUCUAUUUUUAGAAAAAACUCUCAGGGCAGCCCUGCCCGCCCACCUCACCCCCACUGUAAAUACACACUAUUUUUUGAUAGUAUACCCUGGGGUCCCUCCCCAGUGUCAUGUGGCCUUGGCUGUGAUGUUGAAAUCCUGGUUGUGGAGAUGCCCUCCAGGCAGACACAGCAAAAGGCCCAGCCGCUUCGCCAUGCAAGCCCUCUUCUAGUGUUGUUAUAUCCCUCUAUGUCCGGUUCACCAGCAACUGGUGACUGUCUUUUGGACGUGGAUCUGCUUUGAGAUUUCCUGACAGGGAAAAGAUUUUUGUCCAUUUUUUUUUCCUGUGCCUAACAGCAUAAUUGCCUUUUCCUAUAUAAAUAUUACAAGGAUGGACCGAGACAGAAAUAAGUGAACCUCUCCGCCUUGCAUCAGUCCUGUAUAAAGCCAUUGUCCUCUGAGGCACACUUGGCCCCAGAAACUCACUUUAAAACUGACUCUUUCUGGUGCCCCAUCCCUCCCCUGGGGGCCACUACUUGAAGAAGAAUAUGUAUGUUUCUAUCUUGUAUGUAUGUGCCCCUCUCCCAGAAAUCGCUGACUUAGGGGAAAUCUUUUGGCUGCUGUUUUUAGUCACAGAGGAGUGGAAAUUAUGUGGAAGAAGCAAACCUGAUACAAUUUGCCCAAGGUAAACAGUUUGAAAAGACAAAUGGGCCUGCCAAACUGUACAGAUCCUGCCCCAAGAGCUCUUAGGUAUCAAAGUGUUGUCCUGUCUGCUGCUUUUCUGGCUGAGAUCAUGUGGCUGAUGAACUGCCAAAGACAGGGGAGGAGGUGGAGAUUUCGUGUUUACAUCCCAGUUUCUACAUGUUUUAGAUGGAGACAAUUUAAGGCCUGCGCUCUUAUUUCACUAAAGAAAAACUAAUGUCAGCACAUGUUGCUAAUGACAGUGGAUUUUUUUAAAAAAAAAUAAAAUGGUUUACAGAUCAAAUGUGAAAUAAACAUGAAUUAAGUGAUC